AUGCAAGAGCAGUACAAACAGAUCGAGGAGCUCUACCUUACUUUUGCGAAAAAGGCAUCGGCUUUCAACUCAUGGUUUGAAAAUGCGGAGGAGGAUCUGACGGAUCCGGUCAGAUGCAAUUCACUGGAAGAGAUCAGUGCACUGCGUGAAGCUCAUGCGGAAUUCCACAAAUCUCUAUCAACGGCAGAGGAGGAUUUUGGCCAACUGCAAGAGCUUGAUAAACAAAUCAAAUCUUUCAAUGUGGGCCCAAAUCCAUACACCUGGUUCACCAUGGAUGCACUCGAAGAGACUUGGCGCAAUUUGCAGAAAAUCAUCAAGCUGAGAAAAAUUGAGGAUUUGGGCGCUCUUUUGGAGGAGUACCUCAUCCUGGACAAUCGCUACACGGAACAUAGCACUGUGGGCUUAGCCCAAGCAUGGGAUCAAUUGGAUCAGCUGGCAAUGAGAAUGCAACAUAAUCUUGAGCAACAGAUCCAGGCAAGAAAUCAGUCCGGAGUCACCGAAGAGGCACUUCGCGAAUUCUCCAUGAUGUUCAAACAUUUCGAUAAGGUAUGA